CCUUUCGUCCGCUCGAGACUGUUUCAUUACUGUCUCCCUUUUAUCCUCUCUUCUAUAUCUCACUGAUCUCUUCUCUUCCCCCAAAAGCAAAAGCAAAAGCUGAGAUGGAUCGACUUGCACCGUUAUCAGAGGAGCCCAUAAACGUAGAAGAAGACGGCACGAACAGCUCAAAGAAAGGACGAGGUCUGACAUGGAGGAGCUGGAUCAAGACACACCUCUCCCUCUUCUUCAACAAGAGAUCUGACCUCAGGGUCCUCCUCAGCGUUCUGGGUUGUCCUCUCUUCCCCAUCCCACUCCUUCCCAAACAGUCCAUUAUCAACGAGGUGUGUUCCUCAGCCCAAUAUAUCAUACAACACUUCACGGCGGCGACGGGCUGCCGGAAAUUAGAGGGGAGGGUGAAGAACAUUUUCGCGACCGGAAAGUUAACCAUGGCCAUGGUGGAUGAGCUGGGUUCUGGCGGCUCGGCUUCGGGAGCCCCUGGAGUUGUACAAAAAGGAUGCUUUGUAAUAUGGCAGAUGGUCCCCAAUAAGUGGCUGAUUGAGCUAGUUGUGGCUGGUCACAAGGUUGCAGCCGGAAGUGAUGGCAAUGUGGCAUGGCGUCACACUCCCUGGGUCGGCGCUCAUGCCGCCAGAGGUGGUGUUCGCCCUCUCCGGCGAGCUCUUCAGGGACUAGAUCCUCUGGCAAUAGCGGCUGUAUUUUCCUCAGCUCAGUACUUGGGAGAAAAGCGAAUCUCGGGCGUCGACUGUUUUGCGUUGAAAUUGUCAGCAGAUCAAACGGACCUGGCCGAACGUGGGGACAACACGGCGGAUAUGAUAAAGCAUGUCAUAUACGGACACUUUAGCCAAAGGAGUGGGCUCCUGGUAUACUUGGAGGACUCUUACUUGAUGAGGAUCCAAUCCCCUGGGAUCCACCCCAUGUACUGGGAGACCACCAUGUCCACCAGAAUAGAGGACUAUCGGACGGUGGAGGGCGUGAUGAUCGCCCACGCUGGCCAAUCUAUCGUGACCAUUACACGGUUCGGAGACAACUUGAAGGCGAGCAGCCCCGCAGCCAUACGGAUGGAGGAGACGUGGGCCAUCGACGAUCUUGCGUUCAACGUCCCCGGCCUCUCCGCUGAUUGCUUUAUUCCUCCUGCCGAAGUAGUGCCAAUGGAAGAGGAUCUCGUCUGGAGGUCACCGUUUGGUCAAUGAUCAUGAUUUUGAUCGUGUGGUGCUAAUUGAUUCUCAGCAAAGAUUGUAUACUGUUGACUCGAUCCGGCGGUUGUUUUUUUUUUUUUUUUUUUGUUAAUAUAUAAUAUGGGGGAAAAAUCUAAAGACUAUCAAAUACGUGGCAAUGAAUCUAAAGACUAGAAACAUAACCUUGUGUGAGCUAAAAUAGCCUCACGUAGAGUCAGCUGAACUGGAGAAUGCCACUUCUAGUACUGUAAAAAAAGGGGCGAAAACAGGAUAUACAAUCAUAGAUAGACUCAGACGCUACAGUGAAUGCUGCUUGAUUUGUAAUGCUGAGAGAGAGGACAGCAAAUUGAUUAUCCUGCAUAUGAUUAUAUUGCCAGUAUGGGAAGUGGGAACUUCUCUGAAUUAAUAACC